CAUGGUGAAACCCCGUCUCUACUAAAAAUACAAAAAUUAGCUGGGCAUGGUGGCACACACCUGUAAUUCCAGCUACUCGGAGGCUGAGGCGGGAGAAUUGCUUGAACCCAGGAGGCUGAGGCUGUGGUGAGCCGAGAUCGUGCCACACUCCAGCCUGGGUAACGAGUGAAACUCUGUGUCAAAAAAAAAAAGAGGAAAGGUUUCCUGCUUCUCCACCAAGUUCUGUACUCUUAACAAGAACUAAUUUGGUAGGAUUUUUAUAAGACUAUACAGAUAUAAGAUGAUAGAGAAGAGAGUCAUUAAUGUCAGCACUACUGAAGCCUUUGGAGGGAUUCCAUAGUCCUGUGGAUGGCAGUUAACACCUUUUUAUAUAAUAACAGAUAUUACAGUGUAUGUAAUAUCACUGCCCAAAGACCUAGACUAGAAAGUGCAAAGUAGCCUAGCAGCUGCAGUCAUUCAUUCCCAGCCUCUAAACAUCUCUUUCCUACACCUUAAAUCCUUUUCCUGGACUUACCUACUCAUAGCAACUUCUGUUUGCUUUCCAGCUGCACCUGACUAGAUUCCCACUUUAAAACACUUCCAGGCAAUUCAGGGCCCUGUGGGUGAAGAUGAGCCAAGCAAUAGGUAUUAUUUUUAAAUUUUACUUGGAGAUGAGAACUUGCUAUGCUGCCCAGGUCAGAGUGCAGUGGCUGUUCACAGUUGUGAUCAUAGUGCACUGAAGCCUCAAACUCCUGGCUUCAAGCAGCAGUUUGGCCCCAGCCUUCUGAGUAGCUGGAACUGCAGGCACAUGCCACCGUGCCUUAGCCAAUAGGUAUUAGAGGUAGUCAAGUAGGUAUAACAUAACUGAUCAGCUAAAAUCAAAGCAAAAAUGAUACUGAAUGCUUUUUCUUAAAAUCCUUCUUAACGUCACUUUCAUGACUGAAGUAUUUGGGAAGAUUCUGCAGUUCCAUAUUCUGUGUUCAUGGAAAUGGGUGUAUUUAGAAUCUGCCAGUCUAUCAUCUUUACUAAGAGGAGAGAAUAAAAAUAUUUAACAAGUAGUACAAUAUAGAGACUGAGUCAAAAUGGAUACCAGUUGGAAACAACUGGUUCAACUGAUGCCUCCUGACUAAAUGUCAGCCCAGGGUAUAGUAACCAUGACACAAUACUAUCCUUGGUGAAAAGAGUUGGGAAUAGGAUUAACUGUGAAAAAAAAAAAACCACGUAUAUAUAUAUAUAUAUAUAUGCACGCCAAGGGACACUUUUAGUACAAAAGUAGUUCUUUACCUCCCAUUCUUUCCUCGUUAAUCUCAUUGGUUUUAUUAUUUGUUUUUUUCUUGCCAUUUUACAAAGGGGAAGAAAUGGAAAACAUACCCCUUUUUAGUCAUUAGGUAGCAGCACCAUUUAGGUAACGGUCAUACUCAACCCCAGUAUGAUGAUAUUUUAAGAACAUGAACAUGGGUGAAAUCAAUGUGUAGAUGGUACAACUUAACCAAAUUCCUUGUAAAGCAUUUAACUUUGAUCCCCAGGAUCGUGAGGACAUAACAGAAGAAUAAGGCCUGAACCUUGGUCACCAGUUUGCUAUCAGCCUAACUGGCAAGUAAGGUUAAGCACUUGAAAAUUAACGUCAUACAAUUUAGCAUUUGGCUGUAAAUGCAGUUAGUCAAUGUUGGGAGCACAAUAAAAUCAGAGUGGACCAGAGUAUUUAAAGUGAGACAUUAAUUUGAGCUAAUCAUUUGGAAGGGCAGAAAGGACUAAGUCCAAGUAACAUGAACAGAAUAGAAAGAUAAAAGUGACUUUAAUAGUCACCGUUCUUGGAGUUUUAAUGUUAACAUAAAAUUCUAGAUGGUGUGAACUUUUAACAGGAUCAGGCUUUCAUAAGCUAUCUCCGUAGAAGAUUGAAGAAAGACAAAUUAUGGGAAAUCAUAAUUUUUUAUUAGCUGAAAUAGACAUUGACGGUCAUUAAGUUUCACCCCAUGUAUAAUGGUAAAAAGAAUGGGAAAAUUAAAUUUUGUUAAAAGGAAGACAUUUUAAGUUAAUGAUAAAGUAGUUAUUUAAAAUGGGAUGGCUAAUUAUGGCUGUUUUCAUUUAAUUGUUUUUGAUCAUUUAUUACAAUUGUAAAUUAUGUUUACUAGUGUUCAUUUUAAAGUAGUUUGUUAAUAUUGAAACAUCAGUAGUCUAUCCCAGGUCCAUGUGGCCCAGAGUUAAGUCUAUAUGAAAGGUAACAAAGAUAGAAUGCAAAUAGCAGGAAACAAGUCAUAGUAUCCCCAGCAUGUGGUAUUUACAUGGUUUUUAAUUUUUCAAAGCAAGAUUCUGAAGUAGAUUAAAACACAAAACCUACCUUAUAUUGAGUCCUUACUAUGUCUCAAUCUCAUUAUAUAUUUGUCUCCAGAACUGAGGCUAAGAGAAUAUAUAUAAUCUGCCCAAGAUCAGAUAGUUUGUAGGUGCCAGAACCAGGAUUUCGAGUCACAUCUGCUUGACUCCAAAGUUACAUCACACUCAAGUCCGGAGCUGGGAGAAUAAAAAGGUUUCUAAAAGAGAUGAAGUUUUUUUUUUUCUAGAAAUUCCAAACCUUGGUACUUGGGUGAUACUGUAGAGAGGUAAAAUCAACUCAGGAGGCAAUUAUAGAGGCAAAAGCUGACAGACAUAGGCAUCAAAAGGAAGAUUUGAAGACGUUCCACAGCACACAGAGCAGAGCUACUUUUUAACCAUAAGUUUUGCCUGUAUUUUGAUGAUUUUUUUAAUGUAUUAGAAAUAGUAGUAAAGAGCAAGACAUGAGAAAACUGCAUGCUUUAAGAAAUUCAAACCCUCAGUUACUUUUUUCUAGUGGAGUUAUGUAUAUUGUGGGUAUUGACCUCUAAUCUCAUUUUUAGUGCAUUCCUUGCUUUUUAUGUUUUUGUAGAUGAUGUAUUUUGAAUAAUAAACCAUUUUAAUUAAGUUUGUCAUAAUUCCAUUUAUCAAGAACCAGUGUUGCAAUCUCAUUUCUUUAGCCAAGCUCAACAGAGAAUUGUUCAUAACUAAAACUCGUGGGCUUAAUUGAAUUCCCAAGAAUCAUUCUGGCCCACCUUACUUCAUUGUAAUUGCCUGGGGCUCCAUUUUGGAGGCACUCCAAAUUCGAAGUUAUCUCUGUCCACCCUGCUGGAAAGCCCUCACGUUCUGAUAUCAAUGUCAGUGGAAAAUAAGUUUUGGGCCGGGCGUGGUGGCUCAUGCCCGUAAUCUCAGCACUUUUGAGAGGCCAAGGUGGGCAGAUCACGAGGUUAGGAAAUUGAGAUCAUACUGGCUAACACGGCGAAACCCCGUCUCUACUAAAAAUAUAAAAAGCCAGUUGUGGCGGGCCCCUGUAGUUCCAGCUACUCAGGAUGCUGAGGCAGGAGAAUCGCUUCAACCCUGGAGGUGGAGGUUGCAGUGAGCCGAGAUCGCACCACUGCACUCCAGCCUGGGAGACAAAGUAAGACUCUGUCUCAAAAAAAAGAAAAUAAGAAAAUAAGUUUUGCAUGGGAAAUGGGAGAUCCUUGAGUUAACUCUGGGCUUGAGAAAAACAGGAUCAAAAUCAUAGACCUGCAUGGAUGAGGGACCAAAACACCAUUCACCAGGCAUCAACCCACUAGCAAAUAUUUAUUUAUGAUUUUUAUGCAUGGCACUGUUGCAGGUCGACUAGGCUUUGUUUGGGUUUGUACAGGAUUGGAUCAGUUCUAAUUUUCUCAACUCUUUCUACUUCUUGUUUUCAGGUGCCUUGUAUCCUUUAUUUUCCCUAAUUCUUUUCUUUGUUUUUUCCUCUCUCUUCAGUUCAUGCAUCUGCUGCUUUCCCUCUCUUUUUCUGUUUCUACUCCCCUUGCUUCAUUUUUCCCAUUAUUUCAUGCUCGUGCCUAGGCUCUUAGAGUCAUUUCAACUAAUUAAAUAUGUUCUGCUCAAGCAGCAGGUUUAAACAAUGCCUUCCCACAAUUCAACUGACUUUUAAAUUGCCCUUAAACUGUGUGACUACUGAUUUUUACUUCCAUAGGUUGCUUUGGCCAGCAAUUGAGAAAAUAACCUAAAAUCUAAGCUUGACCAAUUUUUUUUUUUUUUUUUGAGAUGAAGUCUUGCUUUGUCACCCAGACUGGAGUGCAAUGGCAUGAUCUUGGCUCACUGCAACCUCUGCCUCCUGGGUUCAAGCAAUUCUCCUGCCUCAGCCUCCUGAGUAGCUGGCGUUACAGGCACCUGCCACCACGCCCAGCUAAUUUUUCUAUUUUUAGUAUGGACAGUGUUCCACCAUGUUGGGCAGGCUGGUCUGGAACUCAUGACCUCAAGUGAUUUGCCCACCUCAGCCUCCCAAAGUGCUAGGAUUACAGGCGGGAGCCACUGCACCAAGCCAGACUAACUAAUUUUUAGAUACACGGUUUUUUGGUUUUUUUUUUUUUGGAUUUACAAAUAAUGUCACUUUACAGACCAAGUAUUUUAAAAGCACCAAAAUAAUUGACAGACAUACCCAAUUAAGAAACAGACCAGUGGUCUCUGUAGAACUGAGUACUCUAAAACAAGGCUUCUUCUGUCCAUAUUCCUGCCGUGGGACCUCUGCCCCACUCCCUCUCUACCUCAGCCCAGUAUCACUAAUGCAAUAUGUGAAAACCCCGGUGUCAAAACGUUCUGCGCAGGUGCCUCGUGUACAAUUUCAGAAACAGAGGAGGCUGGGGGAGCCCACAGAGGUACAGCAUGCCAUCUACCUCAAGGUGGUGCUACUUCACCACAUUGAUGAUCCAACCACAAGCAUGGGAUACAGCAUUCACUUUAACGUUUCUGUUUUCCUUUAUCAUUUCGGUUACUUGAGUGUAUAAGAGUCAUAAACAUAAUGAUCUAUGUUUACAUUUUUUAUUCCUCUCUGAAACAGUUCCCUAGAAUCCACACCACAUGAAACACACACUGAAUAGUGAAUAACCCACCUGAAUUCCAAAGCAUUCCAAACUCCCGUAUUUUCCAGCCUAGCAGUUAGCUCAUGCUCUCCAAGACACACCCUCUUGACCUUUCUGCUAGACUGCAUGGGCCCCCUAAAGUCAUAGUAGCUGUCUCUUACUCAUUCCCCGCAUUCCUUGUAGUAGAUGUUCAACAAAAUAUCUCUUGGUUGCAUAACAUUGAUUGAGUUGAGUCACCUAAGAAAUCCUUAAGUUAUACACAGGUUUCUAGGCUACCUGAAUAGAACAACACAUCACAAGUACAAAUUGAGAACUAUACAAAGAGUAAAAUAAUUAUUGGGUUCAAAUACCCUACAGCCAAUCAAAUUUAGUCACAAAGAAUUAAAAUUCACUUCAAUGUGGACAGUUAAGCAGGGAAUUUAUCAGCCUUAGGUGGAAAUCAGAGCCACCGUGUGCAGCUCCUAUGGUGUUUAUCUCUGCCAGAAGUCACCAGAGAAAGUGGCUGAGGAACAGAAUUCCAGCUCACAUCUGACCAACAGUGGCACCAUGGCAAUUUAUAUGAACUGUUUAUUACUCUGUGGCAUGACCUUCUAAGAGUAGAGAUGUAACCCAAUACCCUUUGUUUUCCUUAAAGAUAAUUGUUAAAUUAUGUCAUAAAUUUCUAUCACCUUUCUUGACUUUAUACAUAGAUUUUUCUAACUCUGUCAACUCUUAAGGUAAUGAAUAACUUGAAUGGCCAGUGCCACUGACUAACAUCAUGCUUUCUUUUGUUUCUCCAAAGAUUUAAUCAAGAUGCCAGGAGCAACUUUAAGAUUUUCUUCAAUUGCUAAGUUAAAGACUCACCCUGAAUUCUUUCUUGCAUGAUAUCUAAGUCCCCUAGCUUGGGGUCUAGAUUGGGACCCCUUUCAGCAUUGAGUUCAAGUCAUACUAAAAAGAUUUUCCCAGCUUCAAAAUUUAAAAAUAGAAAUCUCAUGAAGUGUUCUUGGCUCUCUUGGCCUCCUGGUUCCUACCUGAUCAUGUCCCUGGCGGAGGCCAUCAGCCUCUGGAAUGAAGGGGUGCUGGCAGCUGACAAGAAGGACUGGAAGGGAGCCCUGGACGCCUUCAGUGCAGUCCAGGACCCCCACUCCCGGAUUUGCUUCAACAUCGGCUGCAUGCACACUAUCCUGAAAAACAUGACUGAAGCCGAGAAGGCCUUUUCCAGAAGCAUUAACCGAGACAAGCACUUGGCAGUGGCUUACUUCCAACGAGGGAUGCUCUACUACCAGACAGAGAAAUACGAUUUGGCUAUCAAAGACCUUAAAGAAGCCUUGACUCAGCUUCGAGGGAACCAGCUGAUAGACUAUAAGAUCCUGGGGCUUCAGUUCAAGCUGUUUGCCUGUGAGGUGUUAUAUAACAUUGCUUUCAUGUAUGCCAAGAAGGAGGAAUGGAAAAAAGCUGAGGAACAGUUAGCAUUGGCCACCAGCAUGAAGUCUGAGCCCAGACAUUCCAAAAUCGACAAGGCCAUGGAGUGUGUCUGGAAGCAGAAGCUGUAUGAGCCCGUGGUGAUCCCUGUGGGCAGGCUGUUUCGACCAAAUGAGAGACAAGUGGCUCAGCUGGCCAAGAAGGAUUAUCUAGGCAAGGCGACGGUUGUGGCGUCUGUGGUGGAUCAAGACAGUUUCUCUGGUUUUGCCCCUCUGCAACCACAGGCAGCUGAGCCUCCGCCCAGACCUAAAACUCCAGAGAUCUUCAGGGCUCUGGAAGGGGAGGCUCACCGUGUGCUGUUCGGGUUUGUGCCUGAGACACAAGAAGAGCUCCAGGUCAUGCCAGGGAACAUUGUCUUUGUCUUGAAGAAGGGCAAUGACAACUGGGCCACGGUCAUGUUCAACGGGCAGAAGGGGCUUGUUCCCUGCAACUACCUUGAACCAGUUGAGCUGCGGAUCCACCCUCAGCAGCAGCCCCAGGAGGAAAGCUCUCCAGAGUCUGACAUCCCAGCUCCUCCUAGUUCCAAAGCCCCUGGAAGACCCCAGUUGUCACCAGGUCAGAAACAAGAAGAGCCUAAGGAAGUGAAGCUCAGUGUUCCCAUGCCCUACACACUCAAGGUGCACUACAAGUACACGGUAGUCAUGGAGACUCGGCCCGGGCUCCCCUACAGCCAGGUCCGGGACAUGGUGUCUAAGAAACUGGAGCUCCGGCUGGAACACACUAAGCUGAGCUAUCGGCCUCGGGACAGCAAUGAGCUGGUGCCCCUUUCAGAAGACAGCAUGAAGGAUGCCUGGGGCCAAGUGAAAAACUACUGCCUGACUCUGUGGUGUGAGAACACAGUGGGUGACCAAGGCUUUCCAGAUGAACCUAAGGAAAAUGAAAAAGCUGAUGCUAAUAACCAUACAACAGAACCUCAGCUUAAGGAAGGCAGCCAAGUGGUGGCACUCUUCAGUUAUGAAGCUACCCAACCAGAGGACCUGGAGUUUCAGGAAGGGGAUAUAAUCCUGGUGCUAUCAAAGGUGAAUGAAGAAUGGCUGGAAGGGGAGUGCAAAGGGAAGGUUGGCAUUUUCCCCAAAGUUUUUGUUGAAGAAUGUGCAACUACAGAUUUGGAAAGCACUCCGAGAGAAGUCUAGGAUGUUUCACAAACUACAAAGCUGAAAAUGAAGCCCUAUUACUUGUAAAAAUUUAGCACCUGCUGCUGUACACUGUACUGAGACAUUACAGUUUGGAAGCAUUAAUUAUUCCCUGUUAAAAUUUAACCUACUUGGCAAUGACGUGAGUACCCAGGAUGAUUUCUUGGGGCACAGGGGUGAGGGGAUGGGGACAGGUGAAUGGAGGCGUUAGGGGAGACGAAAAGUGGAUGGAAGUGUCUGGAAAGGGCAUGAGAGGGUCUUCUAGGUGCUGAUCCGGUUUUUUGCUCUGAGUGCUGGCUGCUCAGCCGUGUUCACUGUUAAAACUCAUCAAGCUGUAUAUCUGGUUGGUGCACUUUCCUGUGUCAUACCUCAAUUAAAAAAACCCUGUCUUCAAAAAUCAAGACACCUAAGUCUAAGCUCAAGGACCAAGUAUAAAUAUUCGUUUCUGAACCAUUACUGUAAUUGACUCUGAAGGCUGGAAAUACCGUUACAGGUUAUUCAUAAGGCAUAUACAAAUAAACUUGUUUUCUUUU